AUGCAAAAUCUUCAGAAGUACCUGGCUUCCGAGUUUGAGAUGAAGUCAUUGGGUGAUUUGAAGUACUUUCUUGGGAUUAAAGUUUCCAGAUCUAAACAUGGUAUCUUUAUCUCUCAAAGAAAAUAUAUUUUGGAUUUACUUGCAGAGACUGGAAUGUUGGAUUGUAUACCAAUUGAUACCCCUAGUGAACAGAAUCAUAAGUUCGGGUUGUAUCCUGAUCAAGUCCCUACAGAUAAAGAAUGUUAUCAACGACUUAUGGGGAAAUUGAUUUAUUUAGCUCAUACACAUCCUGAUAUUGCAUAUGCAGUGAGUGUAGUGAAUCAGUUCAUGCAUUCUCCUAGUGAAGAUCAUAUGGGUGUUGUGAUGAGUAUUUUGAGGUAUCUGAAAGUAACUCCUGGCAAAGGGUUAAUGUUUUCCAAGUAUAGUCAUAUAGAUGUGGAAGGGUACAUGAAUGCUGAUUGGGCUGGUUCAGUCAUUGAUAGAUGUUCUACGUCUGGGUAUUUCACAUUUGUUGGUAGUAAUCUGGUUACUUGGAGGAGUAAAAAGCAAAAAGUGGUGUCUCGGUCUAAUAAUGAAGCGGAGUAUCGUGGGAUGGCUCAAGGUGUGUGCGAGUUACUAUGGUUGAGGAGAUUGUUGAGAGAUCUUAGGUUUGCACCCCAGAAACCCAUGGAUUUGUAUUGUAAUAACAAAGCUGCAAUUGCGAUUGCUCAUAACCCUGUGCAACAUGAUCUUACAAAGCACGUGGGGUUUAUUUUUUGGUCUAAAUUUUGCUAUUACAAAAAGAAUAAUGGAUAUUGUUGUUGA